UAUGGACGGUCAGACAGCUACUGUGUGGCCACCACGACGGAGAAGGAUGAGAAGAAGUCCCCCAAGAAGGCGGACUCCAAGGCGGACAAGAAGACCAAGGACAUGGAUGAACUGAAGAAGGAAGUUCCCUUGGUAUGUAGUGCAUAAUUCCUACUUCCUGUUUCUUGUCAGUGCACCAUGCCCUACAGCAGUGUGUCCUGCAACCUCCAGUCCUGGGACCGGCACUGGUCCCUGGGAUGUUGCUAACUGGUCCCUCAGAUGGUUAGCUGAGACCAAUUUAGUACAAUUUAAAGUGCUCGUUUUAAUCUAAGGAGGAAGGACCAUAACUUGCCGGACCCUGGUAUAAUAAAAGGUUGAGAAACACUAUUCUAAAGAGCACCCACUGGGCACAGACGUCAAUUCAAUGUCUAUUCCACGUUGGUUCAACGUAAUUUCAUUGACAUUACGUGGAAUCAAUGUUGAUUCAACCAGUGUGUUCCCAGUCUAUACCAGUGUGUUUCUUUGUAAAUUCUGUUUGGGACAACAAAAAAGUUUUAAAAAGAUGACUUCUCAGAUUAUUGGAAAAUUGAUUUUGGCAGCCUGUAUUCCUACAAAAAUCUAUUUUAUUGUUGGCAGUAAGCAAAUCUCAUGGGUGUCAAACAAAGGAUUAUUUUUUUUAUGAAUAGUAGUUUGUGGUUAGAGGCAAUGCCAAUGUAAACUAAGGAGGAUUUACUCUGUUACGAGGCAUACGUCCAAACCAUGAGAAUAUGAAUAUCCCUCUGAAACACAGCCGGAAAAUGUCUCAAGCGCUAUUCACAAUCUAAUUGGCCAUUCCCUCCCCUACCCUGAACGACGCUGGGCCAAUUGUGCGCCGCCCCACGGGUCUCCCGGUCGCGGCCGGCUACGACAGAGCCUGGAUUCGAACUAGCCUCCGGAGUGGCACAGUGGUCUAAGGCACUGCAUCGCAGUGCUAGCUGUGCCACUAGAGAUCCUUGUUCGAAUCCAGGCUCUGUCGUAGCCGGCCGCGACCGGGAGACCCGUGGGGCGGCGCACAAUUGGCCCAGCGUCGUCCAGGGUAGGGGAGGGAAUGGCCGGCAGGGAUGUAGCUCAGUUGGUAGAGCAUGGCGUUUGCAACGCCAGGGUUGUGGGUUCGAUUCCCACGGGGGGUAUGAAAAAAAUAAAAAAAUAAUGUAUGCACUCACUAACUGUAAGUCGCUCUGGAUAAGAGCGUCUGCUAAAUGACAUAAAUGUAUUUGCAAAUAUUUAGUUAAAACUAUAGAUUUAUUCAAGGUUUUUAACUUUUUCUCUUUUAGACGGAACACAAGAUGUCCAUCGAGGAGGUAUGCCAGAAGUAUGCUACUGAUAUAGUCCAGGUAAGUUCAUCACCUCAAGAGUUUUCUCAAAACCUGAGUUGGGGCUUUUAAAAUUAAAUACAUUAUAACCUUAAUGGUAAUAUCAGUUAUCACACAAAAUAUCUAGCUAGCCAACAACCACAAAUGAUGCCCAAGGUUAUACCCUUUUAACAGCAAUCCCUCUCCUUCCCCUCUCCCUCUCCGCCCUUUCUCGCCCCCUCCUCAGGGUCUGACCAAUGCUAAGGCUGCUGAGUACCUGGCUCGAGAUGGCCCCAACGCCCUCACGCCUCCCCCCACCACCCCAGAGUGGGUCAAGUUCUGUCGCCAGCUGUUCGGUGGCUUCUCCAUCCUGCUGUGGACUGGCGCCAUCCUCUGUUUCCUGGCCUACGCCAUCCAGGCCGCCACCGAGGAUGAGCCCGCCGGAGACAAUGUGAGUGACAGACCCACACAAAAUGGCCACCAUCGUCACUUGGCAGGGGAUAAAGGGAUGCAAGGGUAUACAUGUCCUUUUUGGUUCAGCUUAAUGUAGUGUUUCCAAAAUGGAGCAUUAGGAUUCAACUUGUGGGGUUGUGGCUGAUUCCUACUUGGCACUAAAAGAUUUGGGAAACUCAAUUAAGUGUCUAGUGUUGAUAUGAGUCAAUUUCCCAUGUGUUUUUUAGAUCCAGCUAUAUGCCUCAACCAACCUCAAAUGAAUGGGAAAUAUAGACACCAUCUAAAAUGAUAAAUGGUUAAAUAAUAUUUAUGUCUCUCUCUCCUUGCUCUCUCUCUCCAGUUGUACCUGGGUAAUACAAAGAGGCAUUUGAAUUUCAACGAAUUUCAUUGAAUUUCUCAAUUAUUUAUUUCCUAUCCUAUAUAUUUCCAUUAAUUCAAAGUCAAAUUCAAAUAAUUCUGCAUCCCGUGUACUAUUUCAAUUCAAAUUCAAGAACUGAAUUGGAAUUCAUUAGCCAUUCUCAAUUCAUUUCUGAAUUGACCCCAACCCUGCAUGGCAUGUGGUAUUUUAGAUCCAGCUAUAUGCUUUAACCAACCCUAAAUGAAUUAAAAAGCUAGGCACCAUAAUAACACUAUCAAACAAAUAAGUUCAAUUGUUCUUUCCCAGAAAACAGUGAAUGUUCCUACAACGUUAGGUAACGUUCGAAUAGAGUCCCAAUUUGGUUUUCAACUAACAUAGCAUGUCAACACCCCAUGAAUGCUUUUAAAAUGUCCUGGGAAAAUUUUAUUUGAUAAAUAUUAGUAGAAGGACAUAAUGGUUAUAAGAACGUCUGGAUAAAAUGUUCCAAUACUGUUUGUUUUUUACAUUGUUUGCUGGGUUCUCUCUCUCCAGUUGUACCUGGGUAUCGUUCUCUCGGCUGUGGUCAUCAUCACCGGCUGUUUCUCCUACUUCCAGGAGGCCAAGAGCUCCAAAAUCAUGGAGUCCUUCAAGAACAUGGUGCCCCAGGUAAACAAACCUCUUCUUCAGUGCUUGACAAGGACUGAAAUAGGUUACAGUACACAUUUUGGGUGCUGGUACUGUUUAUAUUUAGGUGCAGGAGCUCUACAAUAUUUUUGAGCUAAUAUUCUAUAAGAGGAACAGGAGCUCAAGCAGUAGAACAUUUGAGGUGCCAGUACUCAGCUCUGGUGAGCUCCUGCCCAAGUCAAGCACUGCUCUUCUUUGAUCUCCUUACCACCCUAUCCGCUUGUCUCCUACAAUACCACCACUUAUAGCAGGGUUCCCCAACUGGCGGCCAUUCGGCCCACGGGCCGCCAACAAUUUAUUAUUGUUGGAAAUAAAAGACUGUAAAAACACCAGCAAAAUCAGCUCCAAGUGAUUUUAAUUAUGGAAAUCUGUUCCAAUGUAUUCCCACAGGUAAUGUAGAGAUAUAUUUGAUCGUAUAUAUAAAUGUAAGCAAGGUUUGAAAUGAUUCGGUUUUAGUCAAACGUUAUAUCUGUUUGGGCUUCUUGCAGUCAAUUUGCAGUCUACAAAUUAUUUGUAAUUAUGUUCCAUCCCCCUGACCAUCCGCUCAAGAAAAAAUUGUCCCGCGGCCCUGACCAUAGGGCUCAGUGUCUGUAAUCCUAAUUCCAAUCCUAUUAGUCCCAUCAUAAGUGUUUUACAAAUCUUAAUCCUAACUUGUUUUUCUAGAUGACUAUGGGUGGGGUAGUUGUGGCAGUGACUCAAAAUAACCUGUGACCCUAAUCCAGAUGUUCCCCCCUCAAAACACACAUAGCCGACAUUGUUGUGGCCAUUGUAACCAUGGUCAGUUAGUGGUUAGUCUAUUCUACAUCUUUGUGAGCUAAUAUGAUGCAUAUUGUCAUUCAGUGGUGAGUUAGUAGCCACUCAGACAGUGUCUCAUAUGUUCAGUCUGAAUGUAGUCCAUACAUACAGCCCAUAUUUUCUAUCCACAGUCCAUCUGUAGUCAGUGUCAAUGGUUAGUCGGUUACUUUACAGUCUAUUAUUUAUCUGCCAAUAUCUAUGCAAUUACAUAGUUAUAACAUAAUAACCCAUCAUUACUGGUUAGUUUAUGGUCAGUGAUAGUAUGUCGUUUGUCUAUGAUCAGUCUGUGGUUGCUGGUGACCGUUGGUUUUACUGUUACUCCAGUGUUACACCUGUAUUUAUAGCCAGUUAAUGGUUGGUUUAUGGUUCCUACUUCACCAUUGGGGUACCUCUGUCCACAGCAAGCGCUGGUGAUCCGUGAGGGUGAGAAGAUGCAGAUCAAUGCUGAGGAGGUGGUGGGUGGAGACCUGGUGGAGGUGAAGGGAGGAGACAGGAUCCCCGCCGACCUCAGGAUCGUCUCUGCUCACGGCUGCAAGGUAAACACACACACACACACACACACCCACACACACUAACACACACACAGCAUAUGUUUUACUAUCGACCUAAAACUGAUUUCCAUAAAAAAUCCUAUUUUCCCUAACCAUAAACCUAACCCGUACCCUAACCCUAACCCCUGACCCUAAUUCUAACCCUAACCCUGAUUGUAAACCUAACCCCUAAGCCUAAAAUAGCCUAACCCCUCCCACACACACACAUAGCUCACAUUAAAAUAUAGCACACGCCCCCACAACUACACAUUUUACAUACAAGUUUUUUUAAAUUGUAAACAAGUUCCCUGGAUUUUGUCAUUUUCCUAUAGGUGGAUAACUCCUCCCUGACUGGCGAAUCAGAACCCCAGAGCAGGUCACCUGACUGUACCCAUGACAACCCCCUGGAGACCCGCAACGUCGCUUUCUUCUCCACCAACUGUGUUGAAGGUACAGUCGUCUUGGCAACUGCAUCUUCUUCAUCUCCAUCCUCCUCUUCCUCCUGAACCCUUUCCUUCUUCUCAUUUCCUCGCCGUAAUCAUCACUGUCGUCGUCGUCAUAACCAUCAUUCCCCCAUCAAUCUACUGUUUUCUUUUUUCUUUCUCUCCCUUUCUGUUUAUCCCCUGAACAGGUUGAAGGGGAACAUUGUGGCUGCUAUAGCAACAAGGCACCCACCAUUUUAACAAGCACUCUACCCAGCGCCCACACACACUCUGUCUCUCUCUCCUUCUUUCUUUCACCCUCUCUGUCUGCCUUUUCCUUCCCAUCUGUCCAUAUCUUUUCAUCUUUGAGAACUCUCCAUCUGGUGUCAAUAUUAGCUUAUCAUCUCCCUAUGGCUCAGUGGUCUAAUGGUACUGUCAAUACAGGACGACAUACAUAAAGGGCUAAAGUCUAGAAUCAGAUCAGCUUUAACCCGCAGGAACCGACAACUGCAUAGCCUUUGUUUAGGCUGACAUAAAUGCUUAUUAUUUUGUUUAAUUAUUUUCAAGGUGAGUGUCAUUAUUUCUAUGUAGCCUACACUUUCUCUUUGUAAACUUCUAACGCGGGUGGGAAGGGCGUGGCUUCGUGACAAUAACCACAAGAGCAGCUGCUCACCGAUUUGACAGCUCCAACGUAGUUACAGCUCCGACAUUGCCUAAACAAAAAACUAUAAUAUGCUAUGCAAUUUUCGGUUAUGGCAGGUUAACGCUAAUCUGAUUGAAUCUAGGCCAUCGUUGUCUGAUGAAGCUAAGGCCACCUGUAGGCCCCAAAUAUACUAAAGCGCUAUGAUUUACCUCAUAGAAUGGUAUAUGCCGCCCCCAUGUGGUCUGGAACGAUGUUUGACAUCUGCAUUGGUGGCAAUAAGAAAUACUUCAGUUGUAUUUCAGGAAACAACAUUUCAGCAAUUCACUAUUAGAAAUGUUUUGAAUGAUUACUUUAGGGCUAUUCAUUAUAAGGGAGUGAUACACAAAUUAUUAUUAAAAACGUAUGAUUUAAUGGCCUCCCGAGUGGCGCAGCGGUCUAAGGCACUGCUGUGACCAGGAGUUUCAUAGGGCGGCGCACAAUUGGCCCAGUGUCAUCCGGGUUAGGGAAGGGUUUGGCCGGGGGGGCUUUACUUGGCUCAUCGCGGUCUAGUGACUCCUUGUGGCGGGCCGGGCGCCUGCAGGCUGACUUCGGUCGUCAGUUGAACAGUGUUUCCUCCGACACAUUGGUGCAGCUAGCUCCUGGGUUAAGCGAGUGGGUGUUAAGAAGCGUGGCUUGGCGGGUCAUGUUUCGACCUUCGCCUCUCCCGAGCCCGUUGGGGAGUUGCAGCGAUGAGACAAGAUCGUAAUCACGAAAUUGGGGAGAAAAAAGGGGGGAAAAAUUACACACAAAAAAACAUAUGAUUUGCACUCAAACUCAGUGUAUGGGGGUAACUCAACAUCAUUUUACGCAACAUGAUACCACAAAUUAUAUUACAAAUCUAAUAUACUGUAACAUGUAAGUCAAGUCAUCUAACUUCCUUCUCUCCUCCUCACCAUCACCAGGCACGGCGCGUGGCAUCGUGGUGUGCACCGGCGACCGUACCGUCAUGGGCCGUAUCGCCACCCUCACCUCCGGCCUGGAGUCGGGCAAGACCCCCAUUGCCAAGGAAAUCGAGCACUUCAUCCACCUGAUCACAGGCGUGGCCGUGUUCCUGGGCAUCACCUUCUUCAUCCUGGCCGUCUGCCUGGGCUACAGCUGGCUGGAGGCUGUCAUCUUCCUCAUCGGCAUCAUCGUGGCCAACGUGCCCGAGGGCCUGCUGGCUACUGUCACUGUGAGGGGAUAUUUUGGUGGAUUUUUGUGUUGUGUGAUGUGGGGUGGGGUUAGAAGGGGUAGUUGGAGGUAGUGAGGAGAGGGGUGUGUGUGUGUGUGUGUGACUGGUGAUAUGAGUGUAGUUGUUUUUCUGUGUCUGCAUUUACAAUACAUUUUAGUCAUUUAGCAGACGCUCUUAUCCAGAGCGACUUACAGUUAGUGAGUGCAUACAUUUGUCAUACUGGCCCCCCGUGGGAAACGAACCCACAACCCUGGCGUUGCAAGCGCCAUGCUCUACCAACUGAGCUACAGGAGACCUAACAGAGAUACCUAUCUCUGUCUGCUGUGUGUUCCUCUGCUAUGUUGGUCUCUGUGUCUCUGUGUCUCUUUCCUCUGUGUUGGUGUCUCGUGUUUUUGUACUUCCGUGUCUGUCUGUCAUUCUCUCUUACUCUGUGUGUUCUAUCUCUGGGUUAGUAUUUCACUGUGUCCCGGUAUCAUUGUGUAGUUAUGCAUCUCUUUAUCUGUAAUAGAGUCUCAUGCGUUUGUAUCUAUGUGUCUUCUGUGAUGGUUGUGGUGGUGUAUCGUAUCUCUGUUAGUGUAUCUCUCUCUUUUUCUCUUUCUCUCCAUAAAAGGCAGCCCGUUGUGUUUUGUGUACCUGUAUCUCUCCCUUUUUCUCUCCUUCCCUCUCUCCUUCCCUCUCUGUGUCUCUUUUUCAGGCUUUCUCUUUUUUCUCUUCUUUCCCUCUUUGUGUCUGUGUCUCUUUUUCAGGCUCUCUCUGCGCCUGGGUCAUUCAGUGUCAGUGACACCCCCUGGUCAGUUGUCUUCUAUGACAACUGUUAAGCGAGACUGAUAUAUGCUAGGCUAAUGUUAAUGUUAAUGCUGGGCUGUUGCCUCUCUCGCUGCUUGGCUAGUAGCCUGUAUGAGUCAUGAUAUGUUCCGCCAUUUUGAAAGUAGCAUGAUACACCGGCGCCCACCUUUCACUGCUUUUACUCUGUGCUUGGCUUGCCUACUAUUUCUUUCUAUCUUUCUGCAUUGCACCUCUGGGCUGUGAAAUAUACUUUAGUAUUUCAUUUGACUCUAGUGCAUUUUAAUGUAGUGGGGGGCGGGGAAUGUGGACUGACGGGGGUUCACACAACUCUCAAGGGUAGGUGUGUAGUUGUAUUGGUAUCGGUUUGUCAUGGGUUUCUUAUCUGUAGAUGCAAGUAAGUUGUUGAUUGGUUUGAGGGUCUAGGGCAUCUACACCUGGAGUUGUGCACCCCGUGUUUUUACUUUUAUGACUUGGUACUCAUCUUUUAUUUUAUUCUCCCCAAUUCUCUCUCUCCUACUUUCUGUCACCCUGUCUUCUUACAAUCCUGGGGGCGCUCUCGCGAGAGGCGGGGGGGAUGGCGAGGAGACGGAGCGGGGCGGUGGCGCAGCGAGCUCGAGAGAAAGCCGAGGAGAGGAAGAGAUCUCUCUCUGAGCAGUCCUAGCUAUCUCCUGCCUCUUCUCCUAGAGUGGUCUCGCUGUCUCUUCCAUCUCUCAUCCCUCUCUACUCUCUUCUCUCUCUUCUCUCUCUCUCUCUCUCUCUCUCCCUCAUCUCUCUAUCUGAUCUUCUCUCUCUCUCUCUCUCUCUCUCUCUCUCUCAGGUGUGUCUGACCCUGACCGCUAAGCGUAUGGCUCGUAAGAACUGCCUGGUGAAGAACCUUGAGGCUGUGGAGACCUUGGGCUCCACCUCCACCAUCUGCUCUGACAAGACUGGCACCCUGACCCAGAACAGGAUGACUGUGGCCCACAUGUGGUUCGACAACCAGAUCCACGAGGCCGACACCACUGAGGACCAGUCUGGUAAGGGAGAGGGGUUUAAGUUCACUGAACUCAUUUAUGUUCUUAAUAUAUAUAAUAUCAAAGGAACUAUAUUGGGUUUGCAUAUUGUGAUCACAGUUAUUAAGAUGGUUGCAUCAGUUUAUGUGAUUUAGAUAGCCUUGUAUAUUGAUUGUUCCUUCUUUGGAACUGACUGGAAUUAGAUAUAAUUUUGCAAACCAGCAUAAUGUGGCUUGCAGGCCUGAUGUGGCACCCGAGACAGAAGUUUCAGAGCACUGUGUUAAUGAAUAAUUAGGCCAUCAAAAAUGUUGUUUGUAACGUCUUGUAGCAAACGUCUUGUUUGCAUUUUGAAUGAUAGUACAUUUACUUAUGCAGGCCUUGAUAAACGCUUCAGGGCUGCCUGAGGGCACAUGAAUGCAACAACCAUGUGUCUGUCACUAACAAUUCUCCCUCCCUCUCUUCUCCCCAGGCGCCUCCUUCGACAAGAGCUCGGAGACGUGGUUGGCGCUGGCGCGCGUGGCGGCCCUGUGUAACCGGGCGCAGUUCAAAGCAGCUCAGGACCAGCUGCCCAUCCUGAAGAGGGAUGUGGCGGGUGACGCCUCCGAGUCAGCGCUGCUGAAAUGUAUCGAGCUGUCCUGCGGCAGCGUCAAACAGAUGAGGGAGAAGAACAAGAAGGUGGCCGAGAUCCCCUUCAAUUCCACCAACAAGUACCAGGUGAGUGAACAAUAUGGAGAACAAGUGCACACCCUGGAUCCUCCCGUAGGUAUCAAACAUCUCAGAGUAGGAGUGCUGAUCUAGGAUCAGAUCCCACCUAUCCAUGUGAUCUUAUUCAUUGUGUUAUAAAAGGCAAAACAGGUCUAGAGGUGGGUAUGACCUGGGUCUGCUUUAGUAUAAGAUUGUCGUUAACAUAUCUAUAGAUCCUGAACCAUAGAAAAAUAAUGAUUAGUAACCCUGUCCUGAACUUAGCCAGGGUCAAACAAAAGAGACCCCAAUGUUUUACCAUUUUACCUAAGCAUGUGCUUUGCAGACAUAACAGGGACAGUAGUCUUGGUUAGGGUUUAGCCGGAGUGUGGAUAUGAAGCUAUGGUUAGGGAAAACAAGGGUUUGUAUAAGGAGUUUGAAUAAGAGGCUGAACACAAGUGUUUGAUUGUGCUCCUCCCCCCCGCCUCCCCCCACCGCCAACCAACAGCUCUCUGUGCAUGAGACAGAGGAUGAGAACGACAACCGCUACCUGCUGGUGAUGAAGGGAGCGCCAGAGAGGAUCCUGGACCGCUGCUCCACCAUCUUGAUCCAGGGCAAGGAUCAGCCUAUGGACGAGGAGAUGAAGGAGGCCUUCCAGAAUGCCUACAUGGAGCUGGGAGGACUGGGAGAGAGAGUACUCGGUGAGACAGCAGGGGAGAGGGAGAGAGGACAGAGGGGGGAGGAGGGAGGAAGUCCCGGGGAAAAGAGAGAGUUCCAGAACGCUUACACGGAGCUGGGAGGACUAGGAGAGAGAGUACUUGGUGAGAGAGAGAGGGAGGGAUGGAUGAGAAGAGGGAAGAGAGGAAGAAAUGGGAACCUAAAGAGGCCUUUCAGAACGCACACUAAUACUAAUAAUAAUAACAAUAUAAUACCUCCCCAGGUUUCUGCCACCAGCUAAUGCCCGAGGACCAGUACCCCAAGGGCUUUGCCUUCGACUGUGACGAUGUCAACUUCACCACAGAGAACCUGUGCUUCGUGGGCCUCAUGUCCAUGAUUGACCCUCCCCGUGCCGCCGUGCCCGACGCUGUGGGCAAAUGUCGCUCCGCUGGCAUCAAAGUCAUCAUGGUGACCGGCGAUCAUCCAAUCACAGCCAAGGCUAUUGCUAAGGGUGUGGGCAUCAUCUCUGAGGGCAAUGAGACAGUGGAGGACAUCGCCUCUCGCCUCAAUAUCCCCAUCAGCCAGGUCAACCCCAGGUAAGAGAUAUGAGGAAGGAGUGUGUAAUAUACUCAGUCAGUCACUCAGUCACUCAGUCAGUCACUCAGUCACUCAGAUACUCAGUCAGUCAUUCAGAUACUCAGUCAGUCACUCAGUCACUCAGAUACUGAGUCUGUCACUCAGAUACUCAGUCAGUCACUCAGAUACUCAGUUAGUCACUCAGUCACUCAGUCACUCAGAUACUCAGUCAGUCAGUCACUCAGAUACUCAGUCAGUCAUUCAGAUACUCAGUCAGUCAGUUAGUCACUCAGUCACUCAGAUACUCAGUCAGUCAGUCAGUCACACCCAAAUGCUUGAAUACACUUAUUCACCAAAAACACUAACUUUCUGCAUUUCUGUGUGUGUGUAUCAGCGAUAGCAAACAUACUCUCACUCACUCUCUUCCUGUGUGUGUGUGUGUUCCAGGGAUGCCAAGGCAUGUGUGAUCCACGGGACAGACCUGAAGGACCUGUCUCAGGACCAGAUGGAUGACAUUCUGAGGAACCACACUGAGAUUGUGUUCGCCAGGACCUCCCCCCAGCAGAAACUCAUCAUCGUGGAGGGCUGCCAGAGACAGGUGAGGUGCACACACACGCACACACACACACACACACACACACUUCCUACAUAUUCUAUCAUACAGUAGUAGAUAAAGAGGAGGCUUUUCACAAUAUUCACUAACCCCCCUCUCCUCCCUGUCUCUCAGGGUGCCAUUGUGGCUGUGACUGGUGAUGGUGUGAACGACUCUCCCGCCCUGAAGAAGGCUGACAUCGGUGUCGCCAUGGGGAUCUCCGGCUCAGAUGUGUCCAAACAAGCCGCUGACAUGAUCCUGCUGGACGACAACUUUGCCUCUAUCGUCACCGGAGUGGAAGAGGGUGAGAGAGAGAGGGAGGGAAGAAGAGAAGGAGGGAGGGUAAAAGAGGGAUAUUAGCAGGGAGGAAAAAAGGUAGGCGGGAAAGAGGUAUACAGAUGUAGGAUCUUAAUUUGAUCACCCUGUUGCAGGAGAUGUAACACUUUUAGUGUAUUUAAGAUUUAAAAAGGCUUCUGAAGUUUGUAAUUUUCACUUUGAAAUGUAAUCCAAUAAAAAAAAUGUCCAUUAAUUAUAAUCCACAUAAUAAUUCACAUUUCCUGUUACUGCAGGAUUAUUUUCCUGCUGUAUCAAACUGGCUCAAAUUAAGAUCCUACAUCUGUAGGCUCCUAGGGAGGAAGAAAUUAAUGAGAGAAAGAGGUUGGUAUGAAUGAUGGGUAGGAUGGCGAGAGUAAAAAAGGUCAGCGAGAGGAGAGGAAGGAGAUGAGAAAAGAGGGGUAAUGGAAUAUUUGGAGACAAAAGAAAAGUGACAGUUAGAAAGAUAACUUAUCUGUAAUAUGAGCCCAUUGUUUGAAAAUAAAAUAUAUAAUGAUGUUGUCCUGGUGUAGCCUAUACAAGCCUUUACUCUUGUGUCCCUCCAGGCCGUCUGAUCUUUGACAACCUGAAGAAGUCCAUUGCCUACACCCUGACCAGUAACAUCCCUGAGAUCACCCCUUUCCUCUUCUUCAUCCUGGUCAACAUCCCACUGCCCCUAGGAACCAUCACCAUCCUCUGUAUCGACCUGGGAACCGACAUGGUGAGAUACACACACCCACACAUGCAUGGCACAUGCACACACACAGGCAAAUUGUAGUUUGUUAAAUGUAUACACUAUGAAGAUUAAAAAUACAAUUUGAAUCGAAGGUCAGUCGUCCUGGUCGAAUCGUUUGGUCUGUUGUCCUUUGCACCACAAAGAGAGGCAGUGUAUUGAUAUCCACUGUCUUCCCUUAACCUUAAUGUAUGUCUACAGGUGCCAGCUAUCUCCCUGGCCUACGAGGCAGCAGAGAGUGACAUCAUGAAGAGACAGCCCAGAAACCCAGCCAGGGACAAACUGGUAAACGAGAGGCUGAUCAGUAUUGCCUACGGACAGAUUGGUGGGUCUUUUAAAAGUCUAUCUCUGUGUUCAGGUCCUUAGUCUGCGUUGGAUUGACUCCCGGCCUAAUUCUAAUUCUAAUUCUAUUAGCGUAGUAGAUAAAGCUAACACCUCUUCCUCUCCUCUCUCUGUCUCGGUAGGGAUGAUACAGGCUCUGGGAGGGUUCUUCUCCUACUUUGUGAUCCUGGCGGAGAACGGUUUUCCUUCCCUCUUUAUUGGUGGGCAUCAGGCUAAACUGGGAUGACCGCUCGAACAACGACCUAGAGGACAGCUACGGACAGCAAUGGGUAUGCUAGACAGCCUUUCUUCCUUUUUUUUCUUUUUUUUUUCUUUCUUUCUUUCUCUCUUUUUCAUUAGCUCUCUCAGCUUUACUCACUAUAACAUUUAUUUUUUUGACCACUCUUUCAUCUUAUUUUCUUUCAUCCAGUCCUUAUUAGUCUUAUUAAAUGAAUUGCUCUCUGGCAUCACCGCAACUUUCCACUUAGUCAUCACCACAACUUUCCACUUAGUCAUCACCACAACUUUCCACUUAGUCAUCACCACCACUUUCCACUUAGUCGUCUCUACCUCUACUCUCAUUCACUCUUUAACUCUCUGUCCUUGUGAUUUUCUCUCCCUCCCAUGCCAGACUUAUGAACAGAGGAAGAUAGUGGAGUACACCUGUCACACAGCCUUCUUCGUCAGUAUUGUGGUGGUACAGUGGGCUGAUGUCAUCAUCUGCAAGACCAGGCGCAAUUCUGUAUUCCAGCAGGGCAUGAGGUCAGAACCCUUUAUCUUUGCAUCUGUCAUCUAAUGACACAGACCUUAGCAUGACUAAAUAACAGACAUCUUAUUUUCUGUAUUUAGAUUAAUCAUGUGUUUUAUAGGGUUAUGAAGCCCCUCUAAUUUAUGUCUCUCAUAGCUAGGAUAAAUGUUGAGAUUCAUUAUUUGUUUGUUUACAGGAAUAAGAUCCUGAUCUUUGGGCUGUUUGAGGAGACGGCCCUGGCUGCCUUCCUGUCCUACACCCCAGGCAUGGACGUGGCUCUCAGGAUGUACCCCCUCAAGUGA